GAAAAAAAAAAUCCGUGACUCUGGCCAAGGGGGCUUCGAAACUAGCUAAGAAAUCCCAUAGAUCUGGAAGCUUUCACGUGACAGGAGCGGCUAUAUAGAAAAAGCAUCCAAGCAUCAGGACCAGUAGUGGUAUUUCACCUCAACAGAUCACAGAUGUAGUCAAAAUAGAAUCAAUGAAUCUUUUUUAUCCGUCUGCCGCUAAUAAAAGGGAGAUAGGAAUUAAUCGUAGCUUAUCAUAAAUUACUUCGCCUUCAAAAAAAAAAGGACACGCUUUUUUUAUCGGGAACCUAUUAGAUAAAAUCGAAAUUGCUUUUAAGAAGCUUUGGUGGGAAGGAAACAAGGUUCUCACAGGAACGGAUCUCUGCAAACUUAACUUCGUACACUAGGCAUGCUGUAUGCUUCAAGCUCACAGUGGAUUGCCGAAGGGACAUAGAAAUAUUUAGACUAGAAGUCUAGAAGCGGACUUACCUAUGAUCCAUGCAGGUAUUUUUUUUUUUAUUAUCGUUCUGUUAUGUACAUUUAAUGCUUUGGAUCCGUUACCGACAGUCGUACACUCUUCGGAAUUACACGCUUUGAAAUAACGUUUUAUGAUUCGAGGAUUAAUGAAAGUGUGGGACAUCCACUAUAACUUUAAUUCCCAUAUCUUUGCACGUGGAAGGUACAUUCUCAGCAAAAGCAUUACUAAAUUAAUUUCUUAUCUAUAUACAGUGCAUAUUAAUACAAUUAACCAAGCAGUUGACUUAGUUUAAUUGAUUAGUACCGCAAAUAACACACAUAUUCUCAUUUUUAUACAGAAUACACAGGGAUACUAAGCUGUCUGCGCAAAUAAAAUGGUGUUUUCCGGAGGUGCGAAAAGUUUUUUCCUGCUGAACAUCUAAUGUGUGAAACAUUGGACUUCAGACUUCUGUUUGAACCUUGUAUUUGGCUUUGGAGAAAGUUGCACAUAACUAACACAUCUGAGGAAUAGGAAGAGGCAACAUCGACAAUUCUUAAUACUGAACACCGGUACUUCUGCUGGAGUUGGAAGACACAAGACCGUCCAGAUGCAGUUUCGACUUUUCUCGUUUGCGCUGAUCGUCCUGAACUGCAUGGAGUACAGUCACUGUCAGUCACAUCGCUGGAAAAGGAACAAGAGAGCUAGUUAUGGACCCUACCCAAUUUGUAAAGGCUGCUCAGUUUGUUCCAAAGACAAUGGAUGCCUCAGCUGCCAGCCACGGUUAUUUUUAUUCCUUCGGCGGGAAGGAAUGAGACAAUAUGGAGAGUGCUUGCAUGCCUGUCCAUCAGGAUUCUAUGGUCUUCGCGCUCCAGAAAUGAAUAUCUGCUCAAGAUGCAGAAUAGAGAAUUGUGACUCUUGUUUCAGUAAAGACUUUUGUACGAAGUGCAAAUCGGGGUUUUAUUUGCACAAAGGACGCUGCUUUGAAGAAUGCCCAGAGGGCUUUGCACCCUUAGAAGACAGCAUGGAAUGUGGGGAGGGCUGUGAAGUGGGUCCCUGGAGUGAGUGGGGAACUUGCACCAGAAGAAACAGGACCUGUGGUUUCAAAUGGGGUCUAGAGACCCGAACGCGACAUAUUGUAAAAAAGCCGCCCAAGGACACAAUACCCUGUCCCACCAUUGCUGAGUCCAGGAGAUGCAAAAUGGCAAUGAGACAUUGUACAAAAGACAAAAAACAACGAACAAAAGACCAAAAGAAGAAAACAAACAAUAAACAGAGGCUUCGUGUUCGUGCCCAAAAGCAGCACAGUGAUCAUCUGGCAACAGGCAGGGCCAGCCAGUGAAUAACAAACUGUACCUUUUACACAAACCAGUGCACAAAAGCUGCUAGCUACUCCUACACAUUAACGCACUACGGCCCUGCUGCUUCGUCAGUAUUGGCGGUGAUUCCCCUCGUGAAAACAAAAGGUCUACAAAGCUCGUUUUAUUUUUUUUUUCUUAUUUUUGGAAAACACUGAAAGUUUCAGAGAUCAACACUGAAGUUGAUACAGGAAGUUGAGCGAGGAUGUGUGAUGAAGGCACUUCCUGUGCUCACGAGAAAAAAAAAAAAGCCAAAAAAGAAAGGUGAUGUUAAAAUUCUGUUGUCAAAGGCUAUAAAUGAUGUCAAGAAGAAAGACUUGUAUGUAUUUAUGUAAAAUCUUUUUUUCUUUUAUUUUUUUGAAGGAAAAGGACUGUUUUGUGUAUGGCAUCUAAGUUUCUUAUAGUGUACAUUUUAAAAGUAAUGUAUACAACUAUCAUGCAUAGUUGCGAAGUAUUUUAUUCUCAGCACAACAAUGUUUACGUAAAACCGCUUUAUGCUAUAAUUGUAUAUUGUGGAAAGAGAAAUUUUGUUGUUCAACUAGCAUGGCAAUCCUCAUAUGUACAUAAGUGCUGAGAGUUUAUGUAAUAAUAAAAAUUAUUACUGUAUUUUCAGUAUUGACUUCUUCAUUGUUUAACGUGUUAUGGUUUAAGACGUUAUAGUAAUCAUCUAAAACAAAUCUAUAGCCAACACAUAAUUAGUACUUUUAUAUAGUAUAUUUGAUUUAUUUAUUGAUUGAUUUUAUACUUAUGUGUUUGAAAAUGUUGUCUUCUACUCUUUUUUUCUGUGCCAUUAUAUACUUUAAAACCAUUAUAACAAUACAGAUAACUUUUAAAGUUAAAAUUGUUCAUGUUAAAUAUAUUGUGGAAAACUAUGCUGUUCUAUUCUGUAUCCAUUUAUUUAACUACCUACACUGAAUUAUUCUUCUUUUAUUCUUUCUUUAGAGAAAAUGCUCAUAUGCUGCAAACACAGAAUGGUUUUAUGCUAGUAACUGUUUUAAAGUGUUUUCGGAUCAUGUUUAAUUAAAAUACAUUGAAUA